GCCAUUGUCAGUGUCAUGGGCAUUCCUGUGGUGGUUCAGAACAUUGAAGACACGAAGGCUCGAAAUACACUUACAAUCGCCCUUGCUGGAACUGCUUCAUUGUGUUUCGCGUUCUUUGGCGUCCCUGUUGGACCUCUUGUUGAUGGUGGUGUACUCAAAAUUUUGGGCAAGAAUAAGGACCAGUAUGGUAAGUAUAAGGGAACCAGUGACGGUGGUGUGGCAACAAUUGGUUGACAAAGGCGGCAUUGUUUUUUCAUCCAUCAUAGGCCGACAGAGAAUGUUCGGUUCCAUAUCCUUCGGAAUUGCAUCCUCUCUAGUCGGAGCAAUUGCGGAUUGGACACAAGAUAUGAAUGCCAUCUUUUACGUGUACGCUACGUCGUCUAUAUUUUUCAUCCUGGUGGCAGGCAACACCUUCUUUAAGGCAGAAAAGGUUGAAUUGAUAUCCAAACCAUUCCUGACAAGAACCAGUUCUCGCAGCAGCGGAUUUCGAGCUAGUCCUUCGGCUAGUAGUGAUACUGUGGAGGUUGUAACGCAUCCUGAGGGAGAUGGGUCUCGGGCUCGUCGCAAAGUCAUCAGCACAUUUUCUGUUCAAGACCCUGAGGAAAUAGAGAGCGACGAAGAUGAUCUCUUACCUAUUCGAGAAAAUGAAAUUCAGCGACUGAUGCAAUUCGCGACGGAAUCUAGUAUUAUUGAGGCCGUCAAUUUGAGUAACCCGCCUGCAUCUCGAAGGCGAUCAUCAGCAGGUGGAGACAACAUGUCGAUCGACAGCAGUUACAGCUCCAUAGAACCCGCUCCUACGACGUUCCUGGAACUAAUAAGGCAACCGCCCGUGUUUUUGUUCUUCAUUACUAUGAUGCUUAUGGGAGUUGCCAUUAAUAUGGUGGUCAGCUUUUUCUUCAUCUUUUUGCGAGAUGAGUUGGAAGCCAGCUCGACUUUGACUGGAAUGACUGGGUUGGUAGGAGCCGCCACUGAACUUCUGUUCUUCUUUUACAGUCGCGAUUUAAUCCGAACCAUCGGGAUCAAGAGUCUAAUCGUUCUAGGACACGUUUUGACGAUUGUCAGAGUGUUCGCCUAUACCCUUUUACCUAAAGGUGCCAGCGCAGCAUGGAUUGCUCUAGCUUUACAUCUUCUUAAUGGCAUCGCAUUUUCAGCACUGUGGGGUGCUGGUGUAGUUCAAGCGGAUGAAUUAGCGCCGCCGUCUUUACAAGCUACAUCUCAAGGUGUACUUGCUGCCAUGUAUGCAGGGAUCGGUGCUGGUUUGGGCAGUUUAAUAGGAGGUGUCAUUUACCAAAACUUUGGGGCCAAGGCGAUGUUUUACACGGUGAUCGCUGUCACCUCGUUCAGUUUGGAGCUCUACUUGGAAGUCAACACACCCUAUGGACUACGAAGUUGUUUCAAAGCCAUGGUUAGAGUUGCCCACGGUAUCUGGCAGUGGAUUGAAUACAAGCGAGGUCGAGGUAGAGUGGUACCAAGAUGGCGAGCUGGCGCUAUACGACUGGAUGACGAAGAAUAGAACUCCACUCACAACACAUUGCACAUACGCACAUUAUGCCGUUUCUUGCUGUUUUCUCUUCCGUUUAAUUUCCUUGUAUAAUCACAGAACAGAACUUUAAAGUAUUUUCGGAUGUGCAUGCGGUUCGUUACCCAUUAAUAACAUGUGUGAAGUAAGUGUAUGGGAAAUAAAUCGCUAUUCACCGAAGAGGAAAGCCUUCAUGCUACUGUAUAUUGUCUAUCUGCUAGUUACACGUGUUACCAUGAAGCAUAGCUUCAUUAACCACCUAGUGUGUUUUGAUUUGAGCCGCUCCGACCUGCAGAUC